UGUAUGUUCAAGGGGCCAGUCAGAGUGUAUGUGUGAGUGUGUGUGUACGGGAGUGUGUGUGUGUGACACAGAGGGACAGAAACGGGGCUCAACAUGGACCUGAGACUAGCCGUGAGUUGUGAACUGGUCCCGGACCUGAAGUGAAGACCCAGCGGCUCCUGACUGACCACACACACGGGAUUAUUAUGCCCAGCGCCAACGUGUCCGUGCGAAGUUUAUCAGAAGUGGAGAAAUACCUCAGCAGCCGGAUGGACCGGAGUUCUGAGGGCAGUUUCCCGAGCAUCUCUGGGUCGAUGCGUCGGGGUUCCUCAGAGAACAAUCUGGACCUGGAUCUGAGUGAUGGAAGUCCUGGUCCCGCUCUGGCCUUCGAGGUCCAUCGUAGUCGUUCCUGCUUGGACAACCUCCAGCAGAAAAUACUUAAAGUCACCGAGCAGCUGAAGAUUGAGCAGACGGCUCGGGACGAGAACGUAGCUGAGUACCUGAAGCUGGUGAACAGCGCGGACAAACUGCAGGUAGGGCGCAUCAAGCAGGUGUUUGAGAAGAAGAACCAGAAGUCAGCUCAGAACAUUGCCCAGAUGCAGAAGAAGCUGGAGCAGUACCAUCGAAAGAUGAAAGACAGUGAAAUCCUCCACAGUCCAUCUCCUCACCCGUCCAUUGCACAUAAACACAGCACCAUACCCAGAGAGUCUCCCAGAGAGCUCCUGAGGGACAUGACUGGCAGCGGCCGACACCCGACCAUGGACAAGAUUAAGACCAUCGGUCCAGGUGUUUCCCUCUCCCCUCCUUUCUUCUUCAGCAAACCCAGAGAGUUCGCCAACCUCAUCAGGAACAAGUUUGGCAGUGCUGACAACAUCGCCCACCUCAAGACCACGCUGGAUGCUUCCUCACCGCUGCCCACUGACAGCACAGGAAAGGGGCUGAGCAGCAGCACCUCUCUGGUGGGCAAGCCCAAGUAUCCCAGUGAUGACGAGUGCUCCUCAGGGAGCGCCUCAAUUUCAGCAGACAGUAACGGGGCCCCAGCAGGGGGAGGAGUGUCAGCUGGGCAGGUGCAGGGCCAGCAGGCCGGGGGAGACACCCACAGCAGACUGGCCCUGACCCUGGAGGAGGUGAGGGAGAUAAAAGAAGCCCAGAGCCAGUUGGAGGAGGACAUGGAGGAGAUAAAGGCUCAGUUUAAGAGAGAGUAUGGCAUCAUCAGCCAAACACUGCAGGAGGAGAGAUACAGGUACGAGCGCUUGGAAGACCAACUAAAUGACCUGACAGAACUUCACCAAAAUGAGAUGACUAAUCUGAAGCAGGAGCUGGCCAGCAUCGAGGAGAGGGUGGCCUACCAGGCUCAUGAAAGGGCCAGGGACAUACAGGAGGCGCUGGAGUCGUGUCAGACGCGUGUGUCCAAGCUGGAGCUCCAGCAGCAGCAGCAGCAGACAGUCCAGCUCGAGAGCCGUGACGCCCGAGUCCUGCUGGGAAAGAGCAUCAACAUCAUGCUGGCCAUCAUCACUGUCAUCCUGGUGUGCGUCUCCACCGCUGCCAAGUUUGCCGCUCCAAUGAUGAGGAGCCGGCACCAUGUGGUAGCUACCUUUUUGGGAGUUUGUUUUCUGACCAUAUUCUGGAAGAACUGGGACCGUUUACAGUACGCCAUAGACAGGCUGUUGGUGCCUGCGUGAUAGAGAAGCGUGCACACUGAAAAUAACGCUGCAGAAACAUGGACACUGUCUGUUGUCAGGAUAGGACUGUCUAUGAGGAUUGGUUGUACAAUCGUCAGAAGACACGAUCGCCAUGCAUUCACAGAGGUCACUGUUUUUUAAAAUCAAACUGAAAUGAAAUUUUGGUGAUUUUUUUUUUUCUUGUCUAGAACUUGAAUGUGUGUCGCUAACACUUUUCAUUUAACCUUUAAAAUAAUAUUUAUAUAACUAGUUUUGUUACUUCUUUAAGGAUUGACAUGAAAUCAUCAGAAGACAUAAAGUUAAUUCAAGGAUCAAGAAGGGUGGACAGACGUGCACAUGAGACUAAUCUUUACCCCAGUUUUUUGGGAAUUAAUCAGUAGAUGAGGUCAAAUUUGGCAAAUGAUUAUUCUUGCUUCAGUUCGACUUUAACAUUUCUCAGACUGUUGAAAACAACACAAACAAAACCUCAAGCUUUGCAUCUUGUUGGCCACAGAUAUGAAAUGUUGAAGGGAUAGUUGGACAUUUUGGGAAAUACCCCGAAAGUUAGAUGAAAAGAUUGAUACUAUUCAUAUAAAUGUUAGGUAAAUAUGAAGCUACUGCUAGCGGCCAGUUAGCUUAGUUUAGCAUAAACACUUGUGUAGUAUGUGAAUUUGUCAGGGUAGUAUUGUCUCGUAUCAAACGCAGCUGCUUGACGGUCACAAGAUUUGACAGCUUUUCUUAUUCUGCUUGGCAAAUGCAGUCAAGCAUUGCGUUAUCUCCAAUAGAGUGCUGCAGCAAUGAGUCCUGAAACCCGGAAAUGAGUUAGCGUUUUAGUACUCCCAUUUCCCUUGUCUUGAAGGCAAUGGGUUUUUGAUUGUGCUUGAAAUGAGGUCUGAAGUUAAAGCUUGUGUUAACGUGGUACCCACUCGUAAAUCUUGAAGCCUUUAUGUGUCUUAAAAAAGAGGGUUGCUAACAAGUAGCUAAAUCAGACUACAGAGGCUCAUCACGUCAAACUGCGCUGAACACAUCUUUACAAUCUUGUUGCGGUGGCGAUGUCAACCAUAGUCCAUUCCUAGCCAAACGUUAGCUUUUUACCUCUGGCGAUUGCAUUUACACUUCAGAAAUAAUAAAAGUGUGUAAAUCUGUGAAGAUUAUCUUGCCCCACAAAACGAGUAAAUAUAAACUUUUGUUUGCCACAGAACAAGCAAAAGUCAUUCCCCAAAAUAUAUGUGUACUGUAUCUGCUCUUUCGCUCACUUGUCUUCCUUUGUAUUUAUUUAUUUAUUGAACUAAAAAUGAAUGCUUUCAUGGUACAUUAUGAAUGUUUGUGGCUGAUACUGGCUGGCACUUAUCACCAGCUAAUCUACGUUACUGAGUCAUCGAUAGCUGCCACAUUUUGUUAAUAUUUACAGCUUGUCAAACAUCUGCCCACAAACCUAACACUAAAAUCCUGUAUAAUUGAGACAAAGUUAGCAUACAUAAAAACCAAACGUAACUAUGCCCCUAGAUCGUAUAGCUUAUGCCACAACACAGGAGUACCUGAUGACAAAAUAUGCUGCUGUUAGCUAGCUAGCAAGCUAACAUUAGCAUUAGCAAUAUUGUUUGUGGUACCCAGUGAUUACAGAAUUAACAUAAUAAACAAACUUAUGGCUUAUAUCUGACAGCAGUAAAGUGGUAGUGAAAAAUACACAUAUGCAGCAUAUUUACAAUGCUUUGGUGUUUAUCGCGGAAGACGGACGACAUUUCACAAGAUUGAAAUGUGUUUGUGGUCAAGCCCCUUGCGCUUUGUUGGCAACAUGGUGACCAUGAGGUUUAGAGAUGUCCAACGUUGCACACUCAAACUUCUUUGACUGUCAUGAGUGCACAAUCUUGUUUCUCAUAGUGUACUGCAUUUUGCCAUUCUUCUCAGUGUGAGCGCACUUAUGCACUCAAAAUAUUGAGUAAAAGUACAGAAGACACAAUAUAGGAAAUGGCUAGCUACCUGUUUCCCCUUGUUUUUAGCCUUUACGCUAAGCUAAGCUAAGCUAACUGGCUAAUGAUUGUACCUUCAUAUUUAGUGGUUUAAAUCCUCUAACUGCAAAAAUAAUCAUAAAGCACGUUUCCCCAAAUGUUGAAACUAUUCUGUUAAAUGAAGAAUCUACAGACUAAAGCACAGAGGCAAAGGUCAUUCUGUUUUUUCAUGUGUUCAUUUUCUUAAUUUCUUAUUGCCUUGUCUGCCCUGUGUGGUCAGUCAUCUCUUAAAGUUCUUCUGUUUACUGUUCCUGAUAUUUAAAGUGCAAUAUAUUUGAUUUCUACGAGCACUGUUUUUAAACUGUUUCUUUUAGGAGUGUACGUUACACGUCGAUAUUUUACAGUGACGGGGUGCUGUGGAGGGGGGUUGGGUGAGGAAGUGUCAUUAAUGUUGGCAUGAGAGAUCCAUAACCACUGAAGCCACUGCUGGGCUUGGAUAAGACCAGCUGUCUCCUCUCUCAAGGGCCAAAAAUCAAUACCACUGCAUUACCGUGCUGGUGCUGUGGUUAUAACACACACCAGCUCUGCAGAGCAGGAACACAUGCACACACACCCAUACAGCAUGAGUUUGUCACUUGGCUCUCUUUAUGUCUUUUGGGUCAAACGUUUGUCAUUUAUACUAAUAAUGUGAUUGAGAGGCGAUGGGUUAUACUGUGAUACAAGGCCUUUUUCUGAGGAAAAAUGCAUUUCCCUUUUUUUAAGAAGCAACAAACAGCCUUCAGUACUCCAAUGACGACAGAGGAGCAUGUUACAGGCUCUAAGUGAUGAUCUAUGAGCCAAUUUCUCUUGGACUGAUUAACGUGUUAUUUUUCAUAUUUGUCUUACGAACAUUGCCUAUCAUGAUCUCACAUGAAGCUACGGACCACUUUUUAAUGUUUGUCUGCCAUAAUAAUGUUUGUGUUGACGUUUGUUGUCGUCUUCCUGUUGUUCUACUGACUGUAUCAUAUUUUUGUUCCUGUUUUUACACAUUUGAGGAAGUUUUACUUUACAGAACUACAGAUGUGGUUUACAUUCUCUCUUCAUCUCUGGUGCACUACGUGAUCAAUCAGUUGUGUUUUCAUGCAUUACGUGCCUUUGUCUGACACGUUCUGUUAAAUUAAACAAGCCUUUUUAAUCAA